CGAGUGUGGCCGAGGUGCCGGGAGUCCGGGUGCGGGUGCGGAGCCGCCGCGUGGGCGCUGCUAAGACCCUGAGCGCAGCAAGUGUGCGUGGGCGGAGAGCCGGCGCGGGUGCCCGCCGCGGGGCUGCGCAGGGCGGGGGCGCAGCAAGUGCAUCUGAGCGUGCGGAGACCAGCGCACGGGCGUCGGCGGCGAGGGUGGUGUGCCGAGGAGUCGGGCCGCUCCGAGGGAGGAAGGAUGCGUGCGGGGAACUUUUCGACCGCCCUGGAAGUACGACUAGUCGCGCUCCCAGGGGCUGCCUUUGGCCGCUGGGCGAGAGGCGGGCGAGUGUGCCCGCCGCCGCCCCUCCCCCACUUCCGCCUCCCGCCUCUUCCUCGUUCCCGGCUCCCAAGGCCCGUGUCCAGGCUGGAACCAGAGGUCCCACUGCUGGGAUGCUGGCUGCAGUGGGGCUCCCUAUGCCCAGACCCCCAGUACCUUCUCUCUCGACUUCACAGCUGUACUUGUCUUCCUUCUUUACCCUCCAGGAGCUGAUAUGGACCCAAAUCCUCGGGCAGCCCUGGAGCGCCAGCAGCUCCGCCUUCGGGAGCGGCAGAAAUUCUUCGAGGACAUUUUGCAGCCAGAGACAGAGUUUGUCUUCCCUCUGUCCCACCUGCAUCUCGAGUCACAGAGACCCCCCAUAGGUAGUAUCUCGUCUAUGGAAGUGAACGUGGACACGCUAGAGCAAGUAGAACUUAUUGACCUUGGGGAUCAGGAUGGAGCAGACGUGUUCUUGCCUUGUGAAGAUCCUCCACCAACUCCCCAGACGUCUGGGGUGGACGACCAUCCAGAGGAGCUGAGCCUGCCAGUGCCCAUGUCAGACAGGACCACAUCCAGGACCUCUUCCUCAUCUUCUGACUCCUCUACCAACCUGCACAGCCCAAAUCCGAGUGAUGGUGGAGCAGACACGCCCUUGGCACAGUCGGAUGAGGAGGAGGAUGGGGGUGAUGCAGAGGCAGAGCCUGGGGCUUGCAGCUAGCAGUGGGCCCCUCCCUACAGACUGACCAAGCGGGCUAAUCUCCACAUGAGGCUGAAGGAGAAGAAUUUUCUUCUUCAGGAGCAGACCAGACUCUUUACUUACAGUAGGCACCAGAGGGGAGGGAAGGAUGGCCGGAUUGUGUCUCUCUCUGAGAAUUAACCCUUUCCUGCUUUACUGCUAACCUUUUCCUGCUGCAACCCUUGCGCUAGUUUUUGGCUUACUCCUGAGGUAGGGCUUGCAAGUAAGGCGAUGGGAGAUGAGGUAGGACAAGAUGCCACUGCUUUUCUUAGCACUCCUCCCUCCCCUGAACUAUCCUGUAGUCUUCUAAUAGAGUCUCCUAAACCAGUGUCUCUAGGUGGACGUGAACUCCUUCACACGUCGAGUGAGGUGGUACUCCAGCCAUCCUGCCUCCUUUACAACCUUUUUGGAACAGAGCACGGAAUAAAUAAUAAACAAAUAAUAAUAUACCAA